AUGAACCUGGAACGAUUGUUCGGUGGCUGUCGGAGGAUGGUCCAUGGACCGGCCUUGAGCCCUCCAUGCCUCCGAAUUCCCAAGAAGAGCAACCUGAGGCAGAGCAAAUGUUACCACAUGGAGAUUUUCGCGGAAGAGAAGAAGGGCGCUUUAGUCUCGCGCAAGUGGGUAAAACGUAAAGCCCCAAACCAAGCUGUUCUCCAAGUGUCAGAUCUGACUGUCCUCGUGCGUGCCAUGAAGUAUAUCGAUAUCGCGAUCUGUACCUCGGUAAAAGCUGAGACACAUCAACAUCCUAGGGGGACAGAACACUAG